CCGCGACCGGAUCUUCUCCAGCUUGCCCUCUCCCGACGCCAGGAAAGAACGCGUGUUCAGGACUGACCCAGCCCCCGCUAAAGACCUGGACCUUGCCUCAUCUCGCAAACCACUCCCAGAUGGCGUUACCCAUAAUGCCAUGUGUGCAGCCGUGCGGAAAAUCUUAGGCCUGUUCGUCAGAACUGCACACCUGCUUAACCAAGCACCUGCAGAACCACGCACCUGCAGAACCAUGUACCUGCAGAACCAAGCACCUGCUCCAGUGUUUCAAGAGAGAAGGUGGACCGAACUACACAGAGGUGAGAAGGCUUUGUGGGCCGCUGUGGCAGAGGGGUCGGGAAGUCGAGAGGAAGACGAGCUGUGAGACGGGACAGGGGGGCGCGAGGAACGGAACCCGCCCGGGCGAACCCCAAAACCAGAACCAUGGGAUUCGGACUCGGGCUGAUGAUCCUUCUGCUCGGGGUCUGCGACUUCGCCCUGGGAGAGCCAGCGGACCGGGAGAAGGAGCCGGAGUUCUGGAACUCUCAGGCCAGAGAGACCCUGCGAGCCGCCCUGCGUCUGCAGCCCCGCCCUCACCGCGCCAAGAACAUCAUCCUCUUCCUGGGAGACGGUAUGGGCGUGUCUACGGUGUCGGCAGCGCGCAUUCUGAGGGGACAGCUGGAGGGGGCCUCUGGAGAGGAGACGAUGCUCGCCAUGGACACCUUCCCCUACCUCGCCCUGUCCAAGACCUACAGUGUGGAUAAGCAGGUGGCAGACAGCGCCAGCACAGCGACAGCGUACCACUGCGGGGUGAAGGCCAACGCCAAGACCGUGGGGCUCAGCGCGGCCGCCAUCCCCUACGAGUGCAACUCCACCUUCGGCAACGAGGUCUACUCUGUGCUGCACCGAGCCAAGGCACAAGGGAAGUCCGUGGGCAUCGUGACCACCACACGCGUGCAGCACGCCUCGCCCGCGGCCUCCUACGCCCACUCCGUCAGCCGCAGCUGGUACAGCGACUCCGACCUGCCCUCUAGUGCCCGGCGGGAGGGCUGCAUCGACAUCGCCACGCAGCUCGUCACCAACACCGACAUCGACGUGAUUCUUGGGGGCGGGAGGAUGUACAUGACCCCCAAGGGCACCCCAGACCCAGAGUACCCCACUUCCUCCUCACGCCGAGGGGAUCGCAAGGACAAGAAGAACCUCAUUCACCAGUGGCUGAAGGACCGCAACGACUCGCAGUACGUGUGGCACAAGGAGCAGUUUGACUCUGUGGAUGUGAACUCCACCCACCGUCUGAUGGGCCUGUUCGAACCCAAGGACAUGCGGUUCGAGCUGUUUCGCAACAGCACCAGGGACCCGUCCAUCGUGGAAAUGACGGAGAAAGCCAUUCAGAUUCUCAGCAAGAACCCAAAGGGAUUCUUCCUUUUUGUAGAAGGGGGGAGAAUCGAUCACGGGCACCACGACGGCGUCGCCAAGCUGGCGCUGACGGAGGCCGUGAUGUUCGACCGGGCGGUGCAGGUGGCCUCGCAGGUGACCAGCGAGACGGACACGCUCACCGUCGUCACCGCCGACCACUCCCACGUCUUCACCUUCGGAGGGAACACCCCCCGCGGGAACCCCAUCUUCGGUCUGGCUCCCAAGAAGGCCGACGACAAGCUGCCGUUCACCAGCAUCCUGUACGCUAACGGGCCGGGCUACAUUCACGUGAACGGCACGCGCGGGAACAUCAGCGCUGUGGAUUACCUGGAUGAGGAGUACAUGCAGCAGGCGGCCGUUCCUCUGGACUCAGAGACCCAUGGCGGUGAGGACGUGGCGAUCUACGCCAGGGGCCCCAUGGCGCACUUGUUCCACGGCGUGAAGGAGCAGAACUACAUCGCCCACGUCCUGGCCUACGCCGCCUGCCUGGAGCCGUACACAGACUGCCCGCCUGCCCCGCCCCUGUCCGCAUCGGGCAGCCCCGCCCACUGCCGCUCAGCACUGUUGCUCUCAUUGGCUGCUAUGCUGUGGGUCCUGUCAACAUGACCCCAAGCCCCACUGCACUUCUAAAAACCAAAAAAAACCAAAACAAAAAAAAACCACUACAACUCCCAGAAUUCCUCUGGGCUGAAACUUUCAGGAAAAUCUCAGGCAGAAAUUAUUUAACUAUAGUAGCCAUUAUCCAAGUAGUGCCUUUGCCCUAUUUUUUUCCUGCACAGUCAUAUGCUCUGGUUUUUCGCAAAAGUAAAGUAUGGUGGCAAAGUGUUUAUGUGUAUAGUCGAGGAAAGAUCAUGUGACCAUUUUAAACUGUGUUCUGCAAACGUAUCGUCUGCACAGUCCACAGGUCACAAUCCUCCAAAGGUGUCAUUCUGGCGGAAACUUGAUUUUGAAAUGUACAUUUUUCCCUUGUUUGCGACACCAUUUUGUGACAGUGAAGGUAACCUCAAGGUGUGCGGGCAGGUCAGAGUUAAGAGUGCGGAGUCUGAGCAGGUGUGGAAGCUCUAGAGUUGGUCAGGUCUGGCGGAGUUAUCUACAUGUAUGCUCCUGACUUCUACAUGUACGUUUCUCACGGAAUAACACAGCCAUUCUCUGUCUACUACUAUGCAACAACUGGGUUUACAUGUUUUGUAUGUUUGUCUUCUAGAAAUAAAUAUAUUUUAUAUACUGUACCAGAAGGUCCCCGAAUUAAUGUAUUUUGCAUAAAUAAUUUUUUGUAAUUGUUCUGAAAAUGCAUUUUAUAUAUGAGUCCACAAAAGGACACAUCUCCAGUCCAUUCUGUAAAUUUAACAAGCCCCCCUCCCUAUCCCCCCCCACCCCUCACCCAUAAACAUUUGGUAGACAUGCGGAUAAAUUUAUGUAUCAAUCUGUCUGCACAAUAAAAACAUUAUUAUAA